AUGAAGUAUUCUCUCAUCCUCUCUUCACUCGCCACCCUGGCUGCGGCCGUCCCCGCCGUUACCAGAGGCGUUGCCCUCCGCCAGCGCGAGCCCAGCCAGAAGCAGCGCUCGCACUUCAAGAAGCCCUCCAGCAACGUCACCGAGACCCAGUACUCGGGCAACUGGGCCGGCGUCGUGCAGAUUGGCAGCGGCUACAACCACGUCCAGGGCACCAUUGUCGUGCCCCGCGUGUCCGGGGGCGCCGACAGCGCCGCGUCCGCCUGGGUCGGCAUCGACGGCGACACCUGCCAGAGCGCCAUCCUGCAGACGGGCGUGUCCUUUUACGGCGACGGCUCCUUUGACGCCUGGUACGAGUGGAUCCCCGACUACUCGUACAGCUUCAGCGGCAUUGACAUUAGCGUCGGCGACAGCGUCAAGAUGUACGUCGACGCCUCGUCAAAGACGGGCGGCGUCGCCGUCCUCGAGAACCUGACCACCGGCCAAAAGGUCCAGCACACGUUUACCAACCCCCCCUCGACCCUCUGCGAGACAAACGCCGAGUGGAUCGUCGAGGACUUUCAGUCGGGCAACAGCCAGGUUCCCUUUGCCGACUUUGACAGCAUCACCUUUACCGACGCGUCGGCGUCUGGCAGCCAGGGUUCCAUCACCCCGAGCGGCGGCACUGUCAUUGAUCUCCGCACCAAGAGUGGUGAGAUUUUGACUGACUGUGGUACUCGUGGCAGCGACGUCUACUGCAACUACACUGGUUAG